CGGUAAACUUGUUAUUCGUCGCGAAGCACGCGCGCUUAGUUGACGUAUAUCUGCUGCUACUAAAAGCGAAAUAAAAACUUUCACUUUAGAUAGUGUUUCGAUGUACGUUAGUAAAAUAUUGCAACGCAUAAAAAUAUCUGCUGAAGUGCCUAUUAUAUGCAUGUGUCAACCGUUUUGUUUAGUGAGUAAGAUGUGUUGUAAUCGAAGUUAAUGAAGUCUAAUAAAGUGUAACACUUACUACACACAGUGAUUACAUAUUUCUUUUAGGUGUGAUUUAUUUAGUUAUAGUUGGUUAUAGUAGUUUUAUCUAAAUUAGCGUGAUUCGGAGACUAUGGAAAAAAAUUUAGGAGAGCCGAUACGAUAUGAUCCUAAUUUUAAUGGACCAAUCCACAAUCGGUCUUGCACAGAUGUUUUCUGGAUAAUAUUAUUCUUAAUUUUUCUUGGAGGUUGGAUGUACAUUGGUUACUAUGGUUAUCAAAAUGGUAACAUUGAAAAACUUUUAGCUCCAAUGGACUCGAACGGUAAGCGAUGCGGCGUUGAUUCUGGUGUUAUAAAUAGAAAAUAUUUAUUAUUUUUCAACUUAGCGAAUUGUCUAAGGCCCGAGACACCGAUUACUGGAUGCCCUACUCCACAAGUUUGCGUAGAGGAAUGUCCCCAAAGGACAGUAAAAUUUAUUGAACAGCUAACUUCGGCAAAUUUCAAUGAAAUGAAACGAGAAAUGGUGUGCAUCGACGGCGUUAAUACGGAAACAAUGACAUAUAGCGACGCUUUGCAAUACAUGAACGAAGAUAAAUGUGCUGGCCUAAUUUUACAAAGCCAGUCAGUGUUGUUUCGCUGCAUCGGAGAUCUAUCCACCAUCCCAUGCAAGGGCCCACCCAAACCGACCACAAAUUGGAUGCAAACCGACGGAGACACUACAUGUGUAAGAAAUCCUAAGGAAGGACAGAUGUCGUUGUUCAAUCGUGCAACGGCUCUCGACACUUAUAUUGGCAGGAUUGUCGCUAGCUUGGUGACCGCCUUCACGAAAAACGAAAGGGACACGCAUAUUCUAUCAUCAAAAAUCGUCCAAGAUCUGGUUCAAUCUCGGUGGUACCUCGCUGGAGCUUUAUUGGCAGUUGUCAUUAUCUGUUUCAUUUAUAUAGUUUUACUGCGGUUUGUCAUUACACCUAUCGUCUGGGCUUCCAUCGGAGGGCUCUUAGCGCUACUUAUUUUUACGUCAUACUUGUGCUAUGGAAACUACGUAUAUUACCGUGAUAAUCCCAUUCAACUUCACCAGACGACAAAUCUCAAAGGAUAUGCGCAGUCUAUAUUCAGCAAGGCGUCGACGUGGAUGGUCAUAUUAAUUGUGACGGCCUUUCUAAGUUUCAUACUUUUAGUAAUGGUUGUAUUUUUACGAAACCGCAUCAGGAUCGCCAUUGCACUCAUACGAGAGGGCAGCAGAGCAUUGUCGGCGGUCAAAUCAACAGUUUUAUUGCCUAUAUUCCCAUGGAUAUUUCAAUGUGCUGUCAUCGCCUAUUGGCUGUUCUUGUUUAUGUCCUUGCUGUCGAUAGGAACGCCGAUAUUCAAGACUGCCAACUUAAAAUCGGAUACCAAUUGCAAAUGUGCAAUUUAUACCGAAGAUAAUAUGGAUUGUGAUCCAAAUAAAUUUACACUCUCAAGUCGCGAUUUAAGUGGCGGCCCUUGCCGACAGGCGACUUGCACCUUCCAAAGCUUUGAAACACCUCAGAUCAUCUUAUAUUUACAUUUGGCCAACUUUCUCGGAUUUUUUUGGACGAUGUUCUUCAUUACCGGUAUUACCGACAUGAUACUCGCGAGCACCUUCGCCACUUGGUACUGGACUUUCCACAAAAGCGAUCUUCCUUUCUUCACCCUCACGAGAGGCGCGUACAGAACCAUAAGAUACCACACGGGAACCGUGGCAUUUGGCUCAUUAAUUAUUGCCAUUGUUCGAGUGAUAAGAGUAAUACUCGAGUACAUUGAUCACAAAUUGAAAAAGUUCGAAAAUCCCUUUACGAGAUUCAUAAUGUGCUGUUGCAAAUGUUUGUUCUGGUGCCUGGAGAGCUUCCUCAAGUUCAUCAAUAAGAACGCUUUUAUAAUGUGUGCGGUGCACGGACACAACUUCUGUAAAAGUGCUAGAGAUGCGUUUUCCUUACUCCUAAGGAAUGUUGUUAGAGUCGUUGUUUUAGACAAGGUGACCGAUUUCAUAUUCUUCGUAUCGAAGCUUCUGAUAUCAAUAGGGAUAGGCUUCGCAGUAUACUAUAUUUUAGAAUGGAAUUUUACUUACGAAAUCACGAAAGGCCAACGUUUAAAUUACAACUACGUACCAGCCAUAAUACUGAGUGUCGCGACUUACAUCAUAUGCACUGUGUUCUUCAAUGUUUACUCUAUGGCUGUUGAUACUUUGUUCCUUUGUUUCCUUGAAGACUGCGAGAGAAAUGAUGGAUCCCCCGAAAAACCAUAUUUUAUGUCAAAAAAUCUUAUGAAAAUACUUGGAAAAAGAAACAAACAGCUAUAAUGUUUUCUUGACAACUUAAUUAAUAACAAAACAUAAACCUUACUAAUGUAUAAUUUCGUUUUGUGAAAUAUUUUCUAUGGUCACAAUACACUUUGUUUUAGAAUACCUAUUCUUAAAAUUCUUUUCAUAUCUAAAUGUAUCGUGUUUUCGAUAAAAAAAUUACCAAAGUUAGGCCAUAAGGUGUUCAUUUAUGAUUGUGAUGCUCGUUUUUAAAUGAAAAAUUUUGGUUAAUUUCAAAAAAACUAAAACGUCCAAAUAGUAGCUUUAAUAUUAAACAGAAUUGAGUGCUCAUAUUCAGAUAAUACCAGGAAGGCAAACGUAGGUACUCUAACAGUUUUAUAAGCCGUUGUUUGUAGUUGCAAGAUAACCUUUUGAUAAGUAAAAUGUUUAUAAAAAACAAUGUGUAUACACGAAUUAUUUUUACGUAACACAAUCUUUGUGUAGGUACAGACCUACGCUACAAAAUGUUAUCUCCUUAAUUUUGAAAAUGAGAAAACACAAUGAAUAUUCAUAACUGAAAUUAUAAUAUAAUAU